CGGACUGCUACUGAAAAAUGUUGAUUUUCUAUUGAUGUACGGAUAACACAAAGGCGGAGUUUCUCUUGCGAAUAGAAAUUGUACUUCGCCACAAUGAGGUUGUUAAUAAAACUCAUUUUGGUUGUCUGGACACCAGACCAGUAUAAGAACGGGAGUCAAUAUGAAACAUAUUUCAUUAACGAAAUGAAGCUAUUUCUUUUUUAUGAAAUUUAUUUAAUGUAGCUUUAAAACACAUUAAAAAAACGAGCGUUCUAAAACACAUUAAAAAAACAUGCGUACAAUUGCAUAGUUGAACUCGAAAAUGAUCAUAAUCUGGGCGUUUCAUAAGCCACUACGCUCGUCAGGUUUAUGCGUUCAUACACACUUUUAUUCUAUAUUGCAAUAAAAAUAAAAAAAAUGUAAUAAUUGUAUAACUUGCACAAUCCAUUACAUCAUAAUGGUACGACCGGAUAAUGAAAACGUUAUCUUGUUGACAGCAGUUUUUCAUGUGGACCGAAAUUUGAUAAUCGAUACAGCUGUGCUGAUUUAUUGGCAUUUUAGAGCUAAAAUAUUCUAUAUUUAGAUAUUUGAACUAUUCACCAAUGUUAACAUUUUUGUGUCUUUCUUGCUGUUUAGAAAUAUGCUGUUUUCAACGCUAGAGUUAGACUGUUUAUAUUGUGUUAAUUCGUCCUUUACACAACUAUACCCAAAUAUGAGCUAUUUAAAAAGUGUCCCUCAUUUAAAUAAUGUUAUAAGUUCGUCUGAAAUAUACGAUAUCCUGCUUGGGCAAGGUAAAUGCCACCUAUUGACAUGCAAGAUUUUUUCUGAAAUUCUUUUUAAACUUUUGGCGAUAUUCAACAUUAAAUUUGUCGCGACGAUUAACAUUAAUUCCCGCAUGUUUUUUUUUCUUCAAGAACUAAAUCUUUUUAGCUCACCUGAGCACAACGUGGUCAUGGUGAGCUAUUGUGAUCUUCCACCGUCCGUCGUCGUGCGUCGUCAACAAUUUGAAUUUAUAUAUAUAUUACCUAUAGAUCGUCUAUCAAAGCUGUUCAAAUUAUAGCCCUAGGGUCAAAAUUAGCCCCGCCCUGUGGGUCAUAGGUUUUCCUGACAUGUAUUUAGUUAAAACUUAAAAAAUCUUCUCCUCUGAAUUGACAGGCUAGAAGUUAGAUAUUUGGCAUGAAUCAUUGUGUAGUGAAAAUCUACCAAGAUUGUUUAAAUUAUAGUCAUUGGGCUUAAAUUGGCCCCGCCGCGGGGUCAUAGGUUUUCCUUAUAUGUAUAUAGUAAAAACUUAAUAAUCCUCUCGUCAGAAGGUACAAGGCUUAGAGUUUACAUAUUUGGUAUAUAAUAUCAUCUUUAGGUCAUCUAUGAAAGCUGUUCAAUUUUUGCCCCUAUUGUCAAAAUAGGUCCCGCCCCUGGGUCAUAGGUUUUCCCUGCAUGUAUAUUAAGUAAAAUAUAAACACUCUUCUCCUCUGAAUUGGUUAGAUAUUUGGCAUUAACUUUGUGUAGUGGAACCAAGAUUGUUCAAAUUAUACCCUGCCCCGGGGUCAAAGGUUUUCCUUAUAUGUAUAUAGUAAAAACUUCUUGUCUGAAGGAACAAGGCUUAGAGUAUAUAAUAUCAUCUAUAAGUCCUCUACAAAGUUGUUCAAAUUUCCCCCUAGUGACAAAAUAGGCCAAAUCCCGGGGGUCAUAGGUUUUAGGUUUUCCUUACAUGUAUAUAAAUUAAAAACUUGAAAAACUUGUCCUCUAAAUUGACAAAGGCUAGAGGUUAGAUAUGUGGCAUGGAGCAUUGUGUAGUGAAACUACCAAUAUUGUUCAAAUUAUAGCCGUUGGGUUAAAGGUUUUCCUUAUAUGUAUAUAGAAAAAACUUUAAUAAAAUCUUCUUGUCUGAAGGUAUAAGGCUUAGAGCUAAGAUAUUUUGGUAUGUGAUAUCAUCUGUAUGUCCUCUUAAAAGUUGCUCAAAUUUUGCCCCAAUUGUCAAAAUAGGCCCUGCCCCGGGGGUCAUAGUUUUUUGUUAUAUGUAUAUAUAGCAAAAACUUAAAUUGGUAUGUACUAUCAUCUUUUGGUCCUCGAUGAAAGUUGUUCAAAUUUUGCCCCUAGUGUCAAAAAGGCCUUGCCCCGGGGGCUAUGGUUUUUCUUAGAGCUGUCAUUGAUUCAGUGCAAAGCAUAGCAACGAUAUAUUGAUAUCGGCUGACAAAUACCAAAGAUUCGCCGAUAAAUCGAUAGUUACCUAUAAUAAGUUGUCUGACAUUCAGUUUUAUAACUGUUUAAAUGAUUUUAGUAAAAUACAUGUUGCGUCCAGUGUCUUGUUUAUAAAUGCCCAUUGCAUUAAUCUUUUCCUCACCGUUUUUUGUCAUCACUUAAAUAUUUCCUUUAUGUUACAAAAGUGCAGUGUUAGACAUGGAGACAUGUUUCUGUAUAUGUCUUGGGCGAAUUUUUUUGUAAUUUCUAGACAUUUAAUUAAUUAGUCAAAAUUAUCGAUUUUUUAAAAUGUGUUUCGAUUAUUGAUCGACAAAAAAUAUCAACGAUACAUCGAUAUUGUUACUAUCGAUGACAGCUCUAGUUUUUCUUAUACAGUAUGUAUAGUAAAAACUUAAAAAAUCUUCUGAGAAUUGACAAAGACUAGAGGAUGAAACUGGGGUCAAAAUUGUGGUUAAAAAAUCUUGUCUGAAGGUACAAUGCUUAGAGCUUAGAUAUUUAGUAUAUAAUAUCAUAUAUAGGUCCUCUAUUAUAGUUCUUCAAAGUUUGCCCCUGUUGUUAAAAUUGGCCCUUACACAAAUUACAGUAUAUCUUCAGGUGAGCGCUUUGGGGCUAAUGGUCCCUUGUUAACAGUAGCAGUGACUAAAGUAAACGUUCUUCGAGAGAGAACGUUAAUCUCACUACUUAUCUAAUAAGAGUUGUCGAAUGGCAGCGUGCUGGACUAUUCUCAGUUACAAGAAUAUUUAACCAACGUAACCAAUGACAUUUUAAUAUUCUUGGGCCUGACUUUGCAUCAAACCCUAUAACAGACCUUGUUAGACUUUGACCUCCAAGUGUGACCUUAAUCUUUGAUAUAAGUGUCCGGGUGUUGCGCUUGACAUGUCGUCUUAUUAUUGUAAACAUUUGCGACCAGUAUUUUCAAAAUCCCUUGAUGAAUUAGAAAGUCAUAGACUGGACACAUAAUACACCAUUAUAAUAUGUCAGACCAUGUUAAGAUUUGACAACCAAGUGUGACUUUGGGUUCGGGUGAUAUUAUUGUGAACAAGUUAACACUUGAUUUAUAAAAAGGUUGACCCUGACCUUGGAGGAAGGCGUCUUGGUGUUACGUACGACAUUUUGAACAUUUGUGCCAAGUAUUUUCAAAAUCCCUUGAUGAAUGAGAAAGAUAUGGUCCGGACACGACAUAUACCCUCCAACAGACAUUGUGUGACGGACGGACAUACGGGCGUACAGAUAGGUGGACAGACGGACGGAGCCCGUUUCUAUACCCCGCUCCCAUUUUUUUUUUCGAAAAAAAAGGGGGGACAAGAACCUGGAUAAUGUAGAAUUCUCUUUGCAAUUGAUACAGUACGAGUUUCUUACUGACGUAAGAAUAGUUUCCUAGGAUAAACAAUGAAUUGUCAGAGGCAGAAGCCAUUGAUAAAUUGACGCUUGUCCUAAUACGUCUAUAGGAAGACACUUUUUGAAGAAAAUACGAGUAAUUGUUUCUGAUUUAUAUAGCGAUAAAUCACUUAAAGGCCAGAUAAAUAAAUAAACACAUUUUAUAAAUAAUAGAUCUAAUUGACAAUAACUGUGUGAUCUUGUUGAAAAUAUAAAAAUAAGAAAAUGAAUACACGGCCUUACAAAAUGUAAAAUGUAGGCAAAUUGUUUUCGCAAGUAAUUUUCUGGCUUUUAUUUCAAUCGUACAGAAUUCAUUUUCAUUCAUUACAAAAGAUGUUAAAAUGGCUGCCUUAUAGAGAGUCAUAUUUGCUAAAAUCGAUUUUGUCGGAUCAAACUCGUUUCAAAAUUGAAACCGGCACUGAGCAUCUCAUACGACCUCAAUUUUGGUUAAAUUUCCUUAGUCGCGUACUAAGCAGUAUCCGAUGUAAUACAUUACUACUGAUAAGAAAAGUAUGAUUGCAUGCCAGCAGUUUUGUGUAAGAGUAAACUAUUACUUAGAACAUGAGAUUUUUGUUACAUAAGAAUUGAUAUUAUGCUCAUAUUUUCAUUGUCAAGUUGAGCUGAAUUGACUUACUAUUUCAAAAAAUUGACUGUUUAGAUGAUGUUUGACCAACAUAUUUUAUUGGAAAAUGUUUAGGAUCUGCCUAAAAUAGAAAAAGACUGCCCCACUCUUUUUAUAAAUUGAACGUUACAGGCCAAAAUCCAGACAAGAGCGAGAGCUUAGAAUGAAUAGGACGAGUGAAGGAAACAACAAAACGACCAAGGCCAUUCGUACUGAUAGGCCACAGGACGACUUUGACAUAAUCGGAGGCGUGUCUCACAGUGACUUGGAUAAUACCGGAAAAAGGCACUUUCCAGUAGCAACUGCACCGCCAAAUAUUCGAUUCCCAUGUUGCCCAAUGCCAUACAGCAUGAUUGAAGUAAAGCCUGUGAGUGCAGAAAACAUAAUGGUUGUCACAGAAGUUGAGUAUUGUAAACAGGUGGUUGCCAAGCUACAGCGUGAAAAGAUUAUAGCCAUGGCAACAGAAGGUAUCAACCUAGGGAAAGAGGGACCUUUGACUUUAAUACAGAUUGGCACGUGCUCGGGAUUAGUUUUCGUAUUUGAUAUUUUGUUGAACAGGGAUCUGGUCGAAAAGGGACGUUUACGAUGUUUGUUAGAGGAUGAACAUGUUACGAAGGUAAUACACGACAGUUGUUACGUAAAUGCAGCCCUGAACUUUCAGUUUGCAACUUCUCUCAGAAAUGUUUUUGAUACACAGGUAGCCCAUCUUAUUAUUGAAGAAGAUCGGGGAAGAAGGUUACCUGCCGGUCUUAAACUUUCAGAUAUUUGUCUUCAGUAUACAGAUAAUGCUGAGAAAUUGUACACCUAUGACUGGAGAACCAACUCAAAGAUGACUUGGAUGGCAGCGAUUGGUAACUUUUGGGCUAACCGACCUUUGACGUUAGACAUGCUUGAAUAUGCUGCCGGUGAUGUCAUUGUACUUGUUCCUGAUGUAUACAGAUGUCAAUCAGAAUAUAUAGAUGAUAAUGGGCUCCGUGAAAGGUUUGAACACCGUGUUGACGAAUGGUUACAAAUGGAAAUAGACAGCGUCGUGAAAGAAAAACAAGGAAAGCGAGUAGCUAAAACGGUUCGUGAUAUCUUAUUUGAGAUCGACGCGAAAUAUGAUGACAGAGCGACCCUGUUAAACAUUCUCGACAUAGACGAAGAGAAUGCUAUCUCAAUUGCCUCUUAUGAAGAUGCAGCGCAAGUAUCUGAUCGAUUAUGUAAAUUGAAAUGCGAACAAAUCCUAUCACAUAUGAAUGGAUUAGAAAUCAAGAUGAGAUCAGAUGUUGAAAGUUUGGAGGGCCGCACCAAUCUUCUUGAUUAUCUUAAAUACUAUAUGACAUUACCAGAUUCUCGUGUCAGAGAUCAAGCCGCUGAAAUUCUAAAAAAUCUGAUAAAAGCCGUCUUAGAGCGCAUUGAGGAAAAAUAUGAUACGAAUACAACAACUAAUAUGCUAUCAAGCAUGGAAAGAGAAGCACUGCUCUCAAUUUUCUAUCUCGACAUAGUGCAAGGAAAUUGGGGUGACGUAAUCACAUCGUUGUACUGGCGGUUUAUGCAAGAAGACGUUCAUGGAAUGAUCAAUUUUCUAAGAUUCUAUCCUUCGCUGUUUUCACUGACAGAUGCUGAAUACUCCAAAAUUACAUUUUUUGGAAAGUCAAAAGGCAAUGUACCCGAGCAGUUAAGUGAGCUGUCAAACGCACUGUUGCAUGCUAUAAGAUCAUACAAUGCUGCAAACGGGAGCUACGUCAUAGAUAUCAGGCGGAAAAGCGGUGUUGUUUGAUUCUGUGAUUAUCACUUAUGACAGAACUGUUUAAAUUCCUUGAAAGAUUUACAUUUGCAAUAACAAGUUUGCAUUACAUGUGUAUGAUUUCGGCUGAUAGUGCUACAUUUGUAAACAUUUCCGUAUAUACAGUGUGUAUAUGAUACAUUUGUGUACUUUUCUUUAAUAUUUAAGCUAUGCCCUGCUCUCUAUACCAUUAUACUUUUACCAUAAUUUCUUAAUUGAGAUAGACUGAUAUUAUUAUUUCGACCAAAACCACGACUUGAAGUGGUUUAUUUUGAUUUAAAUAAUAUUUAAAUACUAAUUGAUUUACUAAACUGUACACUUCAUGUAGUCAUUAUAAUAAAAUGCUAGACAAUUUUA